AUGUUGAGACAAAGCCCGAGACAGAGUCUGAGACUUCUUACGAGACGCCUUUUGAAGCUGCAAAGAAACUUUUCUCAAACUAGACUACAACUUAAUGCAGUAGUGGUGUCAGGUACCAAAUUGGCCUCUAAAAUACGGAAGGAAAUUGCUGAAAAGGUUUUAACGUACAAUAAAGAACAUUUUGGCACAAAUGAGACAGCUUUUGAAAAAUUGAAGUUCAAGCCUAGAUUGACCAUUAUCCAAGUUGGAUCAAGACCAGAUUCUUCUGCUUAUGUGAAAUCAAAGUUGAAAGCUGCUGAAAAGUCAAACAUCAGCUCAGAUUUGGUCAAGUUUGAUGAAAAUAUUAGUCAAGAUGAUUUGAUGGAUGAAAUUGACCGCUUGAAUAAGGAUCCCAAAGUGCAUGCAAUUCUUAUUCAAUUACCAUUGCCUAGUCAUAUUGAUGAAACGUUGAUUACCAAUUCAGUGGUUAGUGAAAAGGAUGUUGAUGGGUUUGACCACUAUAAUGUCGGACAAUUGUCAAAGAAAGGAGGUACUCCGUAUUACAAACCAUGUACUCCCAACGGUAUCAUCGAAUUGAUCAAAACAACCGGUAUCGAAUUAAGAGGCAAGAAUGCUGUGGUUAUUGGAAGGUCAGAUAUUGUUGGGACACCCGUCGCCACCAUGUUGAGAAAUGAAGAUUGUACAGUUACCAUAUGUCAUCGUUAUACUAAAGACUUGCCGGAGGUUGUUUCUCGAGCUGAUAUUGUAAUUGCGGCAGUUGGAAUUCCACAGUAUGUUAGUUCGUCUUGGGUUAAAGAUGGUGCUAUUGUGAUUGAUGUUGGAAUCAAUUACAUUGAAGAUCCAACCGCAAAAAAUGGAAAAAGGUUGGUUGGAGAUGUUGCAUACGAUGAAGUUUCCAAAAAGGCGGGAUAUAUCACACCAGUUCCUGGUGGAGUUGGACCAAUGACUGUUGCGAUGUUGUGUUCAAAUGUUUAUGAUGCCGCAGUGUUGCACGCUCGAAAGGCUCACGAACACAGAUUUAAAGCACUUCCCUUGGAUUUUAAAACUCCAGUGCCAUCGGACAUUGAUAUUUCCAGAGCUCAAAAACCAAAGCUUAUCACUAGAGUAGCCCAAGAAUUGGGAAUACUUGACAGAGAGUUGGAGCCAUUUGGUCAUUACAAAGCGAAAGUUGAUUCCAAAUCCGUGAUUGAGAGACUAGAUGAACAAGUUGAAGGUUCAGCAGACGAUAAAGGUUACUAUGUUUUAGUUGCAGGUAUCACCCCUACUCCCUUGGGAGAAGGAAAAUCAACCACAACCAUGGGGUUAGCCCAGGCACUUGGGGCACAAUUGGGAUACAAUGCCGUUGCCAAUGUGAGACAACCAUCUAUGGGACCUACUUUUGGUGUGAAAGGUGGAGCUGCAGGUGGUGGGUAUUCGCAAGUGAUUCCAAUGGAUGAAUUCAAUAUGCAUUUAACUGGUGAUAUUCAUGCUAUUUCAGCAGCACAAAACUUGCUUUGUGCUGCAGUCGAUACUAGAAUGUUCCACGAAGCAACUUCAAAAUCUGUUGGCGGUUUCUAUAAGAGAUUGGUUCCUUCUAAAAAGGGCGCAAGGACAUUUACUUACUCAAUGUUGAAGAGAUUAAAGAAAUUGGGUAUCAACAAGAUUAAUCCAGAUGAAUUAACUCCAGAGGAAAUCCAAAAAUUUGCCAUUUUGGAUAUUGAUCCCCAGUCGAUCACAAUCAAAAGAGUUGUUGAUUGUAAUGACAGAUUUGUUCGAGAAAUAACUAUUGGUGAAGGUAAGAAUGAAGCAAGCAAAUACCCACCAAGAAAAACGGGUAUGGACAUUACUGUUGCAAGUGAAUUAAUGGCAAUUUUAGCACUUUCGAACUCGCUCAAGGAUUUGAGAGAAAGAGUAGGAAGAAUUGUUAUUGGAACACAAAGAGGAACAGGUGAAGUCGUUACUGCUGAAGACAUUGGAGUUGCCGGUGCCAUCACCGCUUUAUUGAAAGAUGCCAUCAAACCAAACUUGAUGCAAACUAUUGAAGGAACACCAGUCUUUGUACAUGCUGGUCCAUUUGCAAACAUUUCAAUAGGUGCAUCUUCUGUUGUUGCAGACAAGGUGGCAUUGAAGUUGACUUCUCCUUCCAAUCCAAUUAACAGUGGCCAUGCUGGGUUUGUUAUUACGGAAGCAGGUUUCGAUUUUACCAUGGGUGGAGAAAGGUUCUUUAACAUUAAAUGUAGAAGCUCUGGAUUGAAACCUGAUACUGUGGUUUUGGUUGCUACGACUAGAGCAUUGAAAUUACACGGAGGUGCUCCAGACGUCAAGCCAGGGCAAUCCUUACCUGCGGAAUACGUUAACGAAAACUUGGAAUAUUUGGAGAAAGGUUGUGCAAACUUGGCAAAGCAAAUUUCCAACAUCAAACAGUACAAUGUACCAGUUGUUGUUGCAAUCAAUCAAUUUGAAACUGAUACUGAUGCAGAGAUUGGGUUGAUUCAAGGCUUGGCUAUGAAAGCAGGAGCCGAUUUUGCUGUUAAAUCAAACCACUGGUCUCAAGGUGGAUUAGGUGCUAAGGAAUUAGCUGAAACUGUAGCUGUGGCAGUUAAAUCAUCAUCAAAGGGAGAACAACAGUACUUGUAUGAUGUGAAUGAUACCGUUGAGAACAAAUUGAAUGCAAUCGCCACAAAGAUGUAUGGUGCCAAAGAUAUUGAGUUGUCACCUUUAGCAAAACAGCAAAUUGAAACAUAUACAAAACAAGGAUUUGAUAAAUUACCUAUAUGUAUUGCAAAGACCCAAUACUCACUAUCACAUGAUCCGUCAUUGAAAGGUGUUCCAACAGGGUUCACUGUUCCCAUUAGAGAAGUACGAUGUUCUGCAGGUGCUGGAUAUUUGUAUGCGUUAGCUGCAGAGAUCAUGACCAUUCCUGGUUUACCGACUCAUGCUGGUUUUAUGAAUGUCGAAGUUAAUGAUGAUGGUCAAAUAGAGGGACUAUUUUAG